AUGGAGUCGAUACUGGGUCGGGCUCUCGAAUACACUCUAAAAUACUGGCUCAAAUCCUUCACCAGAGAUCAGUUCAAAUUGCAAGGCCACACCGUUCACCUCUCAAAUUUAGAUAUCGACGGUGAUGCUUUGCAUUCCAGUGUUGGAUUACCGGCGGCGUUGAAUGUUGCGUCCGCUAAAGUCGGAAAACUUGAGAUAACGCUUCCUUCGGUGAGUUAUGUGCAAACGGAACCAAUCAUUGUGCAAAUUGAUAGACUCGAUCUUGUUCUCGAGGAGAAUUCUGAUUUUGACGCAUCUUCAAAUCCAAACAGUUCCACCUCUUCGGCUGCGCCUGCCAAGGGUAGCGGUUAUGGUUUUGCUGACAAGAUUGCAGAUGGCAUGACUAUAAACAUUCAUACAGUUAAUCUAUUACUUGAAACUCGUGGUAGUUCUCGCCGUCAAGGGGGAGCAACAUGGGCACCACCUAUGGCAUCUAUGACCAUACGCAACCUUAUGCUGUAUACAACAAAUGAAAACUGGCAGGUUGUAAAUCUUAAGGAAGCGCGGGAGUUCUCCAGUAACAAAAAGCACAUAUAUGUCUUCAAAAAAUUGGAAUGGCAAUCGUUGUCUAUUGAUCUUUUACCGCAUCCAGACAUGUUCACAGAUGUUGAAGAGGGGUCAAACCUGAGGGAUGAUGAUGGUGCAAAAAGAGUAUUCUUUGGAGGAGAGCGUUUUAUAGAAGGAAUAUCAGGAGAAGCAUAUAUCACAAUUCAGAGAACUGAAUUGAACAGUCCACUUGGACUUGAGGUUCAACUACACAUCAAUGAAGCUGUUUGCCCUGCGUUAAGUGAACCAGGACUUCGUGCACUUCUUCGCUUCAUGACUGGAGUAUAUGUCUGUCUAAACAGGGGUGAUGUUGAUUUAAAGGCUCAGCAGCGGUCCACUGAAGCAGCUGGGUGUUCUCUUGUAUCAAUUGUCGUAGAUCAUAUAUUUCUUUGCAUUAAAGAUGCUGAAUUCCAGCUUGAAUUUUUGAUGCAGUCCCUCUUUUUCUCUAGGGCCAGUCUUUCUGAAGUAGACAACGACAAAAACAUGACCAAGAUUACGAUUGGUGGAUUAUUUUUGAGGGACACCUUUUCUUCCCCUCCAUGUACAUUAGUGCAACCAUCAAUGCAAGCUGUCACCGGAGAUGCUCUUCAUGUGCCAGAAUUUGCCAAAUGCUUUUGCCCUCCGAUAUAUCCUCUAGGAGAACAACAAUGGCAGUUGACCGAGGGUAGCCCUCUAAUAUGCCUCCAUGCUCUCCAGAUCAUACCUUCUCCACUUCCACCAUCCUUUGCUUCUCAAACUGUUAUUGACUGUCAGCCACUUAUGAUUCAUCUCCAAGAAGAAUCAUGCCUGAGGAUAUCCUCUUUUCUAGCUGAUGGUAUUGUUGUCAGUUCUGGUGACAUUUUACCAGACUUCUCAGUGAAAUCUUUUAUUUUUACUCUCAAGGGACUGGAUCUUACCGUUCCUUUUGACAAGACCAAAUUGGAUAUUUCUCGAAGUGACAUGGACGAUACAAUCCAUAACUCCUUUACGGGAGCAAGGCUUCAUAUUGAAAGCCUUUUAUUUUUAGAUUCACCUUCACUGAAACUAAGGAUGCUGAACCUUGAGAAGGAUCCUGCUUGCUUCUGUCUUUGGGAAGGUCAACCAAUUGAUACUACCCAGAAGAAGUGGACUGUCAGAGCAUCCCAGCUUACUUUGUCUCUGGAAGCAUACAUAGGUACAACUGGACACCAGACCUCAGGAUUGUGGAGAUGUGUUGAUCUGACAGAAGCUUGCAUUGAAGUAGCCAUGGCAACAGUUGAUGGAAGCCCGUUGUUGAAAAUUCCUCCUCCAGGGGGUAUUGUUAGGGUUGGAGUGGCUUGCGAACAAUAUUUGUCCAACACUUCUGUUGAGCAAUUAUUUUUCGUCCUAGAUCUCUAUGGUUAUUUCGGAAAAGUUAGUGAAAUGAUGGCAAUGGCUGGAAAAGGGAAACAACUGGAGGACAGUGGGAACAAAUCUUUUAGUGGAAAGCUUAUGGACAAGGUUCCUAGCGACACUGCUGUGAGUUUAGCUGUGAAAAACCUCCAACUUCGAUUCCUGGAGUCUUCAUCAAUGAAUGUUGAGGGACUGCCAUUGGUGCAGUUUGUUGGAGAUGAUCUGUUUACCAGUGCUACUCAUAGAACCCUUGGUGGGGCUAUUGUUGUUUCUUCUUCUCUACGCUGGGAGAGUAUUGAGAUAAGUUGUGUGGAUGCUGAGGGGAAAUUGGCAUGUGAAAGUGUCUCUUCCUUGAGUUCUAGCAUAAAUGCUCCUUCACUAAGUGAUAAUAGAUAUCCUCAACUAAGACCUGUAUUCUGGGUGCAUAAAAAUGAAGGACAUCUAUCGGAUGCAAAUGCUCAAUCUUUCCCUUUUUUGGACAUAAGCACAGUUCAUGUCAUACCAUUAUAUGAACAAGACUCGGAGUCUCAUAGUUUGAAUGUCUCAGCUUUUGUAUCUGGUGUUCGUCUUGGUGGGGGGAUGAACUAUACUGAAGCUCUCCUGCAUAGAUUUGGAAUACUUGAGCCUGACGGAGCUCCUGGAAAGGGUCUUUGUAAAGGGUUGGAAAACUUACAAAAGGGACCUUUAUCAAAACUUUUUAAGUCAACUCCUAUGAUUGAUGAUACAGAAGAUGUUGAGAGCAUAGGGGAGGGGAAAGAAACAGGUUUUCCCCACUUGAAGAAGCCAGAUGACGUGGAUGUAACUAUAGAAUUGAGAGACUGGUUAUUUGCUCUUGAAGGUGCAGAGGAUAUGGCUGAAAAGUGGUGGUUCUCCAGUCACGAAGACGAAGGAAGAGAAGAUAGGUGUUGGCACACAUCUUUCCAUAGUUUACAAGUAAAUGCAAAAGGUAGCCCGAAUAAUGUUUCUGGUGGGAAAGGUCAAAUACGAAAAUUACAGCAUCAUCCAGUAGAAAUGGUUACGGUUGGAGUUCAAGGGCUGCAAAUCCUGAAGCCUCAUAUACAACAAAACAUUCCUUCAUCAGUGGUAAUUGGAAACGGCGUUAAGGAACUUACUGGCAUAGUUGGAGGGGUUGGUCUUGAAGUUCGCUUAGUAUUAUGUGAGGAGAAUGUUGACGAUGAAACGACUAAUUGGGAAGUGGAAAAUCUAAAAUUCUCUGUUAGACAGCCGGUUGAGGCAGUUGUAACAAAGGAUGAGCUUCAGCACCUUACUUUUUUGUGCAAAUCUGAAAUUGAUUCAAUUGGCCGAAUAACUGCUGGAAUUAUAAGGUUGCUUAAGCUAGAAGGCUCUGUUGGUCAGUCUGUAAUUGAUCAACUAGGCAACAUAGGAAGUGAAGGCAUUGACAAAUUUUUCUCCGGUGAAAAGGUUAGAGACGGUAGCAUUGGUAGUAGAGGACGUUCUCCAUUACCAAGCCUGAUAUAUGAAGAACCAAACAAAACUCCGGAACAGACAUUAACUUUGCUUGAGGAAGCGGUUAUGGAUUCACAGACUAAAAUCAAUGACUUAAUCAGUGACAUUGGUACUUCUGAGUCUUCUUCCUUUCAACACCUUACCAUCGUCAAACUGAGUCAAAAGAUUGAGACUAUGCAAGGUUUGUUGCUGCAAUUGCGGAAUCAACUUUAA